AUGUCGACCGCAGUCAAACCCAUCCUGCCCCAAGGCACCGGCUAUGGCGUCGUCAUUGGCAUUGGCUUCUUCUUCGCCUUGGUCAUGGCUGGCGUCUCCUAUUUGCAGAAUCGCUACACCAAAUACUCGACCAAGAUGAGUGAAGAGUUCAACACGGCCAGUCGAAGCGUCAAACCGGGGCUCAUCGCCAGUGGCGUUGUCUCGGCCUGGACCUGGGCAGCCACCUUACUCCAAGCCAGCACCGUGGCCUACGAAUACGGGGUCUCGGGACCUUUCUGGUACGCGGCUGGAGCGACGGUGCAGAUCUUCAUGUUCUCGGUAUUGGCGUGCAAAGUCAAGCAGAACGCUCCGCGAUGCCACACCUUCCUGGAAAUCAUCUACUACCGUUACGGCACGUUCGCCCAUUGGGUCUUCAUCUUCUUCGCCUUGAUGACCAACAUCCUCGUGGCUUCUCAGCUGUUGCUCGGUGGCAGUGCCGUCGUCACCACGCUGACCGGCAUGAACGUCUAUGCGGCCGUCUUUUUGAUUCCGCUGGGUGUCGCCGUCUACGUCGUCUUGGGUGGUCUGCGGGCGACCUUCUUGUGUGACUACACGCACACCAUCGUCCUCAUGAUCAUCAUUUUGUAUUUCAUGUUCUCGGUCUACACCACCAACGACCUCAUCGGCUCGCCGGGCCGCAUGUAUGACCUCCUUGUCCGCGCCGGCGAGCUGCGGCCAGUCGAUGGCAACCACGAGGGAUCGUACGUCACACUCAAGUCCAACUACGGCCUGAUCUUCGGCGUCAUCCAACUCUGCUCCGGCAUGGGCACCGUCUUCCUCGACCAAGGCUACUGGCAGCGCGCCAUUGCCAGUCGCCCGACCACGGCCGUGCGAGGCUACAUCAUGGGAGGGUUCGCGUGGUACGCCAUUCCGUUUGGGUUCGCCACCACGCUCGGGCUGGCCGCCGUCGCCCUCACCGACAACCCGGCGUAUCCCACGUACCCGAACAACAUGACCUCGGGGCAAAUCUCGGCGGGUCUCGCGGCCCCCUUUGGCGCGCAGGCCUUAUUGGGCAAGCACGGCUGUAUCGCGCUGCUGAUCACGCUGUUCAUGGCCGUGACCUCGUCGUCGUCGUCCGAGCUGAUCGCCGUGUCGUCCAUCCUGACCUUUGACGUGUACAAGGUGUACAUCAAGCCGAGCGCCAGCCCCAAGGACUUGAUCUUCGUGUCGCACAUCAUGAUCUGCUUCUUCGCUCUGGUCAUGGCCGCCUUCGCCUGCAUCUGGAACGCCAUCGGCAUCGACCUAGGCUGGCUCUUUUUGGUCAUGGGUCUAUUGAUCGGUGGCGCCGUGUUCCCGGCCGCCUUUGCCGUCACGUGGAAAGGUCAAACGCGAGCGGGUGCCAUCGCCGGAGCCAUUUCCGGGCUGGCGGCCGGGCUGAUCGCCUGGCUCGUCGAGGUGCAGGUAUACUACGGCGAAUUCAGCAUCGCGACCACGGGCGCCUCGUACCCGACGCUGGCCGGCAACAUGGCGGGCGUGCUGACCGGACUGAUCGUGACGGUGACGGUGUCUUUGAUCAAGCCGGACAACUUCGACUGGACCAUCACGCGCGACAUCAACGCCCCCUCGUCGCUGUACGGCGAUGUGGUGCCGGGCCCCAACGCGACCUCCACCCUGGCCGAGAAGCCCAACACUACCAGCACCGCCAUGCACGGCGCGGCCACCGAGUCUCACGGGAUCGCGCCCGUCGAGACGCGCGCCGAGGAAGAAGAACCCAAAGACCCCAACCACAACCGGACCCUGCCGACCGUGGUCGACGAGGAGAAGGAAGAGGCCGAGGACGCCGCCGUCCUGGACAACCCGCAGUCCCUGCAGCGCACCUUCAUGUUCGCCCUGAUCCUGUCCACCGUGCUGUCGCUCAGCAUGGACGUCAUCAUCCCGCUGCCCCUGUUCCUCAGCCACUACAUCUACUCCAAGGGCUUUUUCACCUUCUACAUCGUCAUCAGCUUCCUGUGGGUCUUUUGCGCCUUUGGCCUGUGUGGCGUCCUGCCUAUCUGGGAGACCCGCACUUUCUGGGGCGAGUUCUUCCGCGAGGUCUUGACCGGUAAGAAGAAGAAGAAUAACGUUCUGGCUGGUGUCUCUCCUCGGGGGAAGGCCUCGUCGGAAAACUCGGACAGCGGCUCCGUCACUCCGAAUGUCCGCCACGGUGGCAUGGAAGAGAUCAAGGGUUGA